CCCGCUACGUCACCCAGUGCUCUUGCAGCCGUCUCCUCUCCUUGAUCACUGCUCUCUGUCACAGCGCUUGAUUUGAUCACUUGUUGGGGGUGAAAUGGCUGCACUUAUCAGAAGAAUUAUCAGCACAGCUAAAGCUCCAGCUGCUAUCGGCCCGUACAGCCAGGCAGUGUUGGUUGAUCGGACCGUGUACGUCUCAGGACAGCUGGGGAUGGACCCUGCCAGUGGACAGUUGGUGGAAGGAGGUGUUCAGGCUCAAACCAGACAGGCUCUUGUGAAUAUGGGCGAAAUCCUCAAAGCUGCUGGAUGUGGUUAUGAGAAUGUUGUCAAAACCACAGUGCUGCUGGCCGACAUGAAUGACUUUACCACCGUCAACGAUGUUUACAAGCAGUUCUUCAGCACCAACUACCCAGCCAGAGCUGCCUACCAGGUCGCUGCCCUACCCAGGGGUGGGCUGGUUGAGAUUGAGGCAGUUGCUGUGCUGGGCCCUCUGACCAGUGCUCCCUAACACGUACAUCUGUCAAACAAUGGGAAACCACCACCGCCCACAAAAAAUGUGCCUUGUUUUGCAGACUAGUCCGGAUUUGACAAACAGCAUUCCUGUACAGCGCUGAUCAUUUCUGUUAGAGAUGUAAUUUUUUUUUUUGUAGGGCACUAGUGAUUUAGUGCUGUCAUAAAUUAACCAUGUCGCGGGUCAGCUGGCAGACUUAACAGCAGUCAGCCUCACACACACUUUCUCUGCUGUCAUUAACAUUGAUGAGACGUGUUUGGAGACAGCGGCACAGCUGCUCACAUUUCACUCACAAUAUCUGCUGACUGUCUAAGCCUGUUUGCUCUUAUUGAAUUGCACUGUCACUCAUGUUGUCACCAGACAUACCCAUGGAAGAGUAUCCUCUCUCAGAAAGUCAGAUGGUGGAUAAUCAAAUAUAUUUCAAUAAUAAAUGGUUUUAAUUUGCUAAAAUGCUGAUGAUUGGUAUGCAAAUGA